CGCGAAAGUGCAAUUGGGAAAGCUUCGUUUGCUAAACACGUCGACAUGGGGAAGGAUAAACAAAAAUAUAGCAUACCAGCACUUGACGUUGUUUACAUCAGAAUUGUUCUUAUUCGUGAUUCUGUAAAAUUGAAUCGAAGCUACGAUUGAUCGAGCUGGUUUGUACCUCAUCAAAGCCACGUUGCUAAAGGAAACGCUAAUGGUCGUAACAACAUGGACAGUGACCUGAGUCCACAGGAUAAAAAAGACUUGGAUAAGUUCAUCAAGUUCUUUGCCUUAAAGACUGUUCAGGUGAUAGUCCAGGCUCGCCUUGGUGAAAAGAUAUGUACUCGCUCGUCUUCAACACCAACUGGCUCUGACUGGUUCAAUUUAGCAAUCAAAGACAUCCCCGAAGUCACCCAUGAAGCCAAGAAAGCAUUGGCUGGCCAACUUCCAGGCGUGGGACACUCAAUGUGCGUGGAGAUCUCUCUAAAGACUUCGGAGGGAGACUCGAUGGAGUUAGAGACUUGGUGCCUGGAGAUGAAUGAAAAGUGUGAUAAGGACAUUAAAGUGUCGUAUACCGUUUACGACCGUUUGUCCGUCCUUCUCAAGUCUCUGCUGGCCGUCACACGGGUAACGCCUGCCUACAAACUGUCCAGAAAGCAGGGACAUGACUAUGUGAUAUUAUACAGGAUCUAUUUUGGGGAGGUUCAGAUGAGAGGAUUGGGAGAAGGUUUCCAGACGGUGCGUAUUGGUGUUGUGGGAACCCCCGUUGGCACUGUGACACUUUCUUGUGCCUAUCGCACCAAUCUGGCUUUAAUGUCCAACAGACAGUUUGAGCGGUCUGUGCCUAUCAUGGGGAUCAUUGUGGACCACUUUGUGGACACUCCCUGUGGCAGCCAGCGACCUGCAAAUAUGGGUCAGCCUUGCAACUACAGAGCACCAGACGAUGAUCAUGGCGAAGCAUUUGCAGGGGUUCAGGAUUCACAGGAGGUUUGCACAACUUCCUUCUCCACUUCCCCGCCCUCCCAGUGCAUCUGUACACUGAGCCCUUCUCCUUCUAAACCGUCUAAGGCCCUUCCUCUGGACAAUCCACAGUUUCCGCUGGUUCCCGGUCUUGUCACUCACACUCUGUACAAUUCCAGGCUAUCCUACCAGCCUCCUGUUCUAGCGGGAACUACUGAGCUUUGCCAUACUGCUGCCAAUCCAAACCAGACACUGCAUGCCGGGAAGGAGGACGGGGUCAUGUUGCAUCCAGCGCAGCCUUAUGCCACCGAUGCACAUCUGAAACUGGAGCACAUGCCCAACACGUCUGCCAGCUGUGGAGACAACGACAUUUUGUCCCACAGCGCAGAGGGAAGGAGGAGUGCUUCUCCCUCUGACCCAGUCAAGUCACUUCAUGCAUUGACGAGGAAAGUUGGAGCCUUUGUCAAUAAGCCCAAUACACGGCUAUCGGCCUCGAUGGACUUGCCAUUUGCUGCAUUUGCUCCCAGGGGCCUCGACUCUGAGGACAAUGAUCCAAUGGUCCAUCCUCCAGACUCUCCUUCCUGCAUGACCCCUCUGCAGGCCAGCCUCCAUUCUCAGGGCUCGGAGGGCUCAGGGCAGCACGAUGACUUUGUCAUGGUCGACUUUCGGCCCGCUUUCUCGAAAGACGACUUGAUGCCGAUGGAUUUAGGAACGUUCUACAGGGAGUUUCAAAACCCUCCGCAACUGGCCAGCCUCUCGCUUCACAUCAGUUCCCAGUCGAUGGCUGAUGAUCUCGUAGACUCGCUGCCAGAGAAACUGGCCAUCUAUGAGAGAAACAUCGACGAGUUUGACGCCUUUGUGGAUAUGCUCCAGUAGAGAUGUCGUCAGCAAGCAAAAGAAGUUAUCGGCUGUCCUGCAAGACCCCACCAACUACAUAUAAGUUUAUUCCCUGACAUGUUUUGGUCCCAAAGCCAGUAGUGUCCCAGCUUGUACAGAACAUUCACUGUAUAUAGAGCCUCUGACACGCAAAUGGGUCCUGCUUAAAAUAUUUCACCUAGUCACUUUAAGCAUCCGAGCGGAA